CCAUUGUUGGCGCUGCUUUGUUGGAGGAGAAAAUCUGGAAUCGCGAAGAGAAGACGAAGAAUCGUUAACGUUAAAGAGAUGUUAUUCAAGUGUGAGUUAGGAUGAAUGAAACUGCGCAAGUGAUGUUAAUCACGUGUGGAGUUGCAUUCCUUCUAACCAGGAGUGGAGAGUUCUGGGUUGCCAUUCGUUUGGAAAUAAAGAAGGACAAGCGAAGAAGUUCAUAUUUGAGUAAACUAUCAGUUCGUCACACUGGGUCGUCACGUGCUUGUUGGCAGUAAAAAUGUCAGAGGAAAUGAAGAAAUAUUUAUAUGACAUUAUGUCUAGAAUUGAUGGCCUUCAUAGUAUAGUGAUUACUGAUCGUGAUGGGGUUCCUUUAUUAAAAGUUUCAGAUGAUGAAGUGCCAGAAGUAGCAUUAAAACCAAGCAUUUUAUCAACAGUUGCAACAGUUACAGAUCAAGGAGGAAAACUUGGUUUAGGAAAAAAUAAAUGGAUUAUGGCAACCUAUAACAACUAUCAAGUUAUUCAUUUUAAUAAAUCAUCUCUAAUGGUUAGUCUUAUAGCAGCAGCAAAUGCCAAUACAGGUAAAUUAAUAUUUUUAACUUAG